ACUGAAUUGUGCACUAGCCUGCAGCCCUAUUUAAUAGCUUGCUUUUUGACAUUUUAGUCAAGUCGAUAUUUGACUACCGAGUUGAGCAUAGUUGUUCCUGAUUUCAGAUAAAAACUCCAUAUCGCCAUACCCUGACGAGGAUUAUUUUGCAUCAUCAUGUUUCACCAAUAUUCCGAAAAAUUCCAGAAAGUCUGGGGAACCAUGGCGUACAAAAACGAUCCGGCCACAUGCCCCGACCCGUUUGGAGACACGCCUUGGACCUUAUCUUCCAUCGGGGAAAUGCUAACCCGAGGGGAACACGAGAUUUACUCUAUUGCUGCAAAAUCUAACUUUUCUGGCGCUAACGGAUCAAUCAAUCGUCUCGGCAAACCCUAUCUACCCUACGACAAGAAAUCAAUCCUUCCCGACGUUUCUCCACCUCCUUUUCUGAAGGAGAUUUUUUCUCGUGUCCGCGACACCGCGCUGCGCGCAUGUUUCAAAAAUACAAGACUAGAUCGAAACAUGAUUCGCAUAAUUGAUGAUUUUGCCGCAGAAAAGGUUAAACCGGAAUCUUCGCUCUACCAAAUUCAACGGUUCCCGCUUACCCUGGAAAAGGAUAGUCUCCCGGCACGAGAGACUUUAAAGGAAUAUUACGCCGAAAUCGGCAUAACUGACAAGACAGAAUUUGAGGCACGUAGUGUUCGAGAUUUCGCCUUGAACGGUUACAUCCUAACUUGUCUCAAGGGGUACGAUCUUUCCGAUCUUUCUGUCGCCGCUUCUGCAAUCUGCCUCCUAUUCGCCACCGAUUAUCUCAACAUUUACGACGGCUCCAACUUCGGCACGCAGGACGGCUUCCUGGCCACUAUUCUGGAUUCUGUCACACUUUAUGGCGGAGGCCAGUAUGCCCCGGUUAUGGAAAAUGUCGUCCUUUGUGCGGCAUUCUUGGAUUAUAAGAACGAGACAACGGCAAAGGCUUUGAAUAACGUUGUUUUGCCCAGAGUUACCGGUCCCAACUCCGCUCGAGUCUAACGAAGUCCGCUGGCUGGACGCAUUUCUCGCGAUUUAUCUCAAGUUUCCCUUUGUACUCGCGGAUGGGGCGGGAAUUCCGGUUGAUGACCGGCUAAAUCCGGUAGGAACCCGGGUAUGUCCCUUAAUCCGGAGAUGUCUCGAAAUCUACAUGUACACCAAUGAUAUUAUCGACUUGAUCAGCGAUUUUAAUGGCGAGCCGAUCAAUUGUGUCGCUGUGGCGGCAAGAUAUGGCGGUCUUAACGCGGUUAUUGGGUACGCCGACGCAUGCGCGACUUGUGUCGAUGAUUGCGCCAAGUGUGACUGUGCGGCAGGCGAUGCCGCGCAUGAUUGGGCGGUCGAUGGUACGCAGGGAAUGUUGACCACGUAUCAGUUGGUUCCGAGAUACGUGGCGAUGACGCAAAUGGCGGAAAUGAACCAUUUGACGGGGCAAAUGUAUAAGGAUUUAUUAAGUUCGGCGCGACAUGGGGCUUUUACUUCGGGAAAAGUGGCCAAAUUUCAAUCAAACGAGCCCGCCCUGCAUGAUACAGAGUGGAAACCGAUAUUCGACAUGGUGGCAAUCCCACCAUAUGGGGGAACUGGAGAAUGCAGCCAUUGUCAAACUAUUACAACUUGGCUCGUCAAUCGAGGGCUGUAUCGUGAAAGGAGAAACAUUUUGGAAAAACAGGUUCGGGAUUUUGUGAAGGAACAUGUCCACCUGAAUCCUAGCCCCGAGAUGAAGAACUUUUGGGGCGAACUGCUCGUCCUUCUGGCAGGAGAGGAAUGUCCUGCCGAAAUCGUGCAAGAGUGCGCACGCGUCGUAGAAUCAACUUGGAACCUAUUGCGUUUUGCUGGUGAAAUCAAAGCCGAUGUGAAUCUCGUUAGAAAGCGGCAGAUUGAACUUUACUUUGACGUUUGCAAGGUUAUCACAAGAACGCAUGAAUUCCCAAACGGGCACCAUGUCCGACGAGUGGUGGUUGGAUUGAUAAGUGUGAUGGGAGACAGGACAGAUGUGUCUGUAUUCCAGCGGAUCCUUGACGGACUGCUGGAAUAUUCCGGAUAACGAGAUGUGUAAAAUUUCUGAGGGAAAUUUUUUGGACUAAAUUUACAGAUAUUUUUUGAAAUAAUGUUUAAACUUUUGGGAUUCAUUGGGGAAUAAAUUUUACUUUUCAACUGUUAA